AUGGACAUAAUGUGCAAUAGACUUCGGCAAAGAGCUCACGUUACCAAUGCGUGUACAAAUUGCAAAAAGAGGCGAAAAAAAUGUUCCGGUACACGCCCUUGUGCAAAUUGUAAGAAAAGAAAACUGGAAUGUGUCUUUAUAAAGCCUAAUGAAAGACGUGGACGUAAACCAAGAUCAAGAGUUUCUACUGAUUGUGGUGAAUUUAGUUAUUUCAAUCAUGAACUGUCUACGUCGUCUACACUUACUACUCCACAAACCUCUACUACCAUCUCAUCGGAUGAUCCCUCAACUACCAUUACGCAUGCUGUUUCAGCCUUUAAUGAAUUAUCAACUCACUCUGGAUUUCCAAAUACACCGGUAAACGAGCAAAACCAUGCCAUUUCAGCAAAUAAUAAUUAUUCAAUAUCUUCUUCUCCUAUUAGUUUUGCUUCGAAUCAAGAAAUUUCUGCAUACAUUAAUAAUAAUUAUUAUUCAGUACCAGAUGUUGAUUAUUCAUUAUCUUUUACUACUUCAAGUCAAAUAAUUUCAAUAAACAAUGUUCAAGAGACUUAUGAAUUAUCUCAUGAACAAUACCAAUUUCCUAAUUUUUUACCACCAGAAACUUGUGAACAUAAUAUCACAAGCGAUUCUAUAUCUUUAAUUUCCCAUGUUGAUUCUUUACAUUUAAGAACUUGUGAAUAUGACUUUAUGAAUGAUUCUAUAUCUCUUUUUGAGACCAAUAUGAUUUGUCCGCCAUUACAAACUUUACAGUUUGAUCCUUUACCCUUGGAUUCUUUUACGAGUGAUCCUUGCUAA